GACUGGGAAAGAGAAGAGGGGCGGAGGUGGGGAGUGGAGCUUCGAAGGAGGAAGCCAGGGAUCGGAUGGGCAGAAAUCACUUAAAAAUAAAAAUAGAAAAGCCUCUUUUUCUCCCGAAGAUGCUACUUUGACUGCAAGCAAAUCUGCACCGAAAGUUACAGCUCGAGGAGCUGGAUCCUGCGCGCCCGGAGUGAGCAGUGGGGCCCUGGAAAAUGCCCUUUUUUAAAAAAGCAAUUUUUCUUUCACUUUAAGAAAUAUGAUAUCUUUUUUUCUCUCUCUCUCGACCCGAAGGGAGAUAGGCGUGUGCAGAUCACAGGCAAUGCCCACCUCGGUCAGUGCAGCGUGGAGUCGCUGUGUGUGCGUGGGUUGGACUUGCGCGUCCCGGCUUCGUGUCUCAACUCUGGCAGGGCUUUGGAGCUUGCGGUGUCGGGGUGGGAAACCUGUGCCGGAUGUCCGAGGGGCUUUGCAGAAAGCCUGGCAAUGGGCGGCGUGACCUCUGCCUGGGGGCGGAGUGGCUCCUUGGGGCUGGAAAGCAGUUCUCUUGAGGUGGGGGAGAUCUUAGCUGGGGAGAAGGAGGCGGGGGAAGUGUGCUCCUGCAUUUCGUGACACGUUCCCUUCGGAGGCGCCCGCGGCCCCCGCCUGUCUUUGAGUCUGGGGAUCGUAAGCGGGGGGGCGGGGGGCACCCUGGCCCUUGGACAGCGUCAGUCCGCCUGGAGAAACGUCCCCUGGGGAUCGACUGUGUCCCACCUGCUGGGGACGGUGUUGGGGCGCAGAGAGGCGUGAAACUAAGUGAAAGCAAAGGGCAGCGUUGUCUUCUGCCAUUCUUUGAAGGUGAGGAGAUCCGGUUUCCAGCUCUGGCUUGUUCCGAAUUGGGAGACGUUUGUCACCUGCCUUAUUGGCUGUGGCCUGUAUUCUAAAGAGCGGAGAUUGGAUAAAGGAGUUCAGAUGUGUUCUAAGCCUGCUGGAGUGACCACACUUCCAAGACCUGAUGGAGGCCAGAGCUCAGAGUGGGAACGGGUCGCAGCCCUUGCUGCAGACGCCCCGUGACAGUGGCAGACAGCGUGGGGAGCCCGACCCUAGAGACGCCCUCACCCAGCAGGUACAUGUCUUGUCUCUGGAUCAGAUCAGAGCCAUCCGAAACACCAAUGAGUACACAGAGGGGCCUACUGUCGUCCCAAGACCUGGGCUCAAGCCUGCUCCGCGCCCCUCCACUCAGCACAAACACGAGAGACUCCACGGUCUGCCCGAGCACCGCCAGCCUCCUAGGCUCCAGCACUCGCAGGUUCAUUCUUCUGCACGAACCCCUCUGUCCAGAUCCAUAAGCACGGUCAGCUCAGGGUCGCGGAGCAGUACGAGGACAAGUACCAGUAGCAGCUCCUCUGAACAGAGACUGCUAGGAUCAUCCUUCUCCUCCGGGCCUGUGGCUGAUGGGAUCAUCCGGGUGCAACCCAAAUCUGAGCUCAAGCCAAGUGAGCUUAAGCCACUAAGCAAGGAAGAUUUGGGCCUGCACGCCUACAGGUGUGAGGACUGUGGCAAGUGCAAAUGUAAGGAGUGCACCUACCCAAGGCCUCUGCCAUCAGACUGGAUCUGUGACAAGCAGUGCCUUUGCUCGGCCCAGAACGUGAUUGACUAUGGGACUUGUGUAUGCUGUGUGAAAGGUCUCUUCUAUCACUGUUCUAAUGAUGAUGAGGACAACUGUGCUGACAACCCGUGUUCUUGCAGCCAGUCUCACUGUUGUACACGAUGGUCGGCUAUGGGUGUUAUGUCCCUCUUUUUGCCUUGUUUAUGGUGUUACCUUCCAGCCAAGGGUUGCCUUAAAUUGUGCCAGGGGUGUUAUGACCGUAUUAACAGGCCUGGAUGCCGUUGUAAAAACUCAAACACAGUUUGCUGCAAAGUUCCCACUGUCCCCCCCAGGAACUUUGAAAAACCAACAUAGCAUCAUUAAUCAGGAAUAUUACAGUAAUGAGGAUUUUUUUUUUUUUCUUUUUUUUAACACACAUAUGCAACCAACUAAACAGUUAUAAUCUUGGCACUGUUCAUAGAGAGUUGGGAUAGUCUUUGCUGUUUGCGGUGAAAUGCUUUUUGUCCAUGUGCCAUUUUAACUGAUAGGCUUGUUAGAACUCAGCUAAUGGAGCUCAAAGUAUGAGAUACAGAACUUGGUGACCCAUGUAUUGCAUAAGCUGAAGCAACACACACACUCCUAGGCAAAGUUUUUGUUUGUGAAUAGUACUUGCAAAACUUGUAAAUUAGCAGAUGACUUUUUUCCAUUGUUUUCUCCAGAGAGAAUGUGCUAUAUUUUUGUAUAUACAAUAAUAUUUGCAACUGUGAAAAACAAGUUGUGCCAUACUACAUGGCACAGUCACAAAAUAUUAUACUAAUAUGUUGUACAUUCGGAAGAAUGUGAAUCAAUCAGUAUGUUUUUAGAUUGUAUUUUGCCUUACAGAAAGCCUUUAUUGUAAGACUCUGAUUUCCCUUUGGACUUCAUGUAUAUUGUACAGUUACAGUAAAAUUCAACCUUUAUUUUCUAAUUUUUUCAACAUAUUGUUUAGUGUAAAGACUAUUUAUUUGAAGUUUUAUUAUUUUAUAAAAAAGAAUAUUUAUUUUAAGAGGCAUCUUACAAAUUUUGCCCCUUUUAUGAGGAUGUGAUAGUUGCUGCAAAUGAGGGGUUACAGAUGCAUAUGUUCAACAUAAAAUAGAAAAUAUAUUAACGUUUGAAAUUAAA